CCGAGGCAGAUGUAUUUUUCCGUAAUACGGUUCCACGGAGGGCCCACGCUUCCCGACACGUCCAGUGAUCUCUCCCCGUCGCCAGGGCUUUCCAGGACUAGUAUGCCACGAAAGCCCUAGGUCUCAGAUUCCACCUUCUGCACGACUGCACAUUCAACCAUGAUCAACAUGUGGACGGUACUCUCGGCAUUGCCUACAAGAUGUUCUAGAUUGUUUGUUAUCACAGAACUGCCAAACACUCGCGCUCUACUAGUAAGCUUAAGGUGUAGCAGUACGAAUGGCAAUCUUCGUUGUCCAUUUUAUCGAUGUGGUGUGAGUAAUCGAGCACGAGCGUCCGGGCUUCCAUAUGACACAGGUUCUGCCUGUACUCUCUACCUGAAAUCCGCCGGGCUAAACCAUCCUGAUAGAAUCGCUGAGUACUUGGCGAACUCGAAAUUCAACACAAGCCAUGCGUUUCUCAUUCAUCCUCACUGUUGUUACUGCUUUGACAGCAUCUAUGUCUGCCAGUGCAUGUCAUCAUUGUACGCAGUUUGGUCGCAGCGGUCCAACUCUCUGCUUCUAACCAUCUGCCGACGAACUUGGAAUACUGAACAUGUUGGGACAGUGAUUCGUGUUUCUGCUUUGGCGUUGGUACGGUGGUUGAUCGCACGAUAUGAUAUGCUUACUUCUGUACAAAUUUUUCUGCUGCCUCGACCAGACUCUUAAAUAACAUUAGAAAACCACCCUCAUUAAUUCUGUGGUAUUGAUAAAAGACACUCAUGCUACUCGACUUGCGUACGAUUUUGCGUGAAU